AAGUCAAGCUGCCAUAUUUUAAUAUAUGUUUAAAAAGCACGAGAAUUGUUAAUUAUUUAUGUUAACAAUUGACAAAGUAUUUGCAAGCAACUUGUUAAUGUUUUGGACGUUGACAAGUAAUCAUGUUAAUAUCACUUCCAUUAUUAUAACAAUUCUUGAUUCAACGCCAUCGGUAAGGUAUCCGCUACGUUGGACACACAAACCGCUACCUAAAAGAGUCCGGAAACGUGAUCGAAUCGAAACUCAUCAUAUAUACAAAAUUAGCAAACCUUAGGAACAUUUUAUAUCAGAGAAAGUGUUUAUAAAUAUUGUCACUAGGCCGACCAUCAUCAUUUGGUUCGUGUUUUGGUGACGAAGAUGUUACCCGUGUUGGUAUUAUCAGUGGUCACCGUGGUUCUGGCUGAGGCCGGGUAUCAGUACACUGCACCUAGUGUACCAUCCAACCUGCCAGUACAGCAUCAAACAAACCAUGGUUCGCAGCUUCAAACGAAUGACCAAGACAAACCGCUAUCACACUCGGUAUCGUAUAAAGAGUACACUUAUUUAAAGGGCGCUGACAAUUUUGGUAGUAAUUUUAAAAGUAGCACACCGCAGGGAUUUCGACCAGCUGCCGGUGCUGUUUUAAACAAUGCUAACGCGCAAACUUUAGCGCCAUCGUCCAGCCCCAAUUUACAUAUAAACAGUGGUUACUCGUAUAAUUCUCCAUCUGUUAGUGGUAAUACAAAUAGUGGUUUCGCACAAACUUCAACACUGUCUGGUGUCAAUCUAAAUGCUGGCUCCAUACAAACCUUUACAUCACAGAGUAUAGCACCAGCUGUUAGCACUGGUUUUAAUAACAAUGCUUUCGCUCAGAAUUUGCCCUCUAGCAUAAAUCUAAAUAAUGGCUACGCCAAUACAUUUGCUCCAACACACAGUGUGAAUUUGAAUACUGGAUUCUCAAACGGUCUCGCACAAUCUAAUAGUCUCAGUACUGGUUUCGCCAGUGGAAAUGCCGCAUCCAGUUCCAAUUUAAAUACUGGAUACUCAUACAGCCAACCCCUGCCGAGUGGUUUUGUCAGUAACUCUCAAACUGUAUCAUCAGCUGCUUCAAACUUGAACACUGGAACCUUACAAGGCCUACAGCCCAUUGGAAACAAUUUUGCUAGUAGCGGCGGUCAAUCUUCCUCAAUCUCUGGCAGUUCUAACCUGAAUACCGGAUAUUCAUACAGCAUACCACAUUCUAACGGUGUCAGCUUCACUAGUGGUAAUUCUCAAUCUGUUUCGGGCUCAGCCAGUUCUAACAAGAACAAUGGAUUCUCACAAAGCCUACCACAAUCCAAUGGAAUUGGAUUUACAAGUGGCAACGCUCAAACAUCAUCUCUUGGAGUCAGUAGCAACUUGAAUAGUGGAUAUACCUACAGUCAACCGCAAACUGGUGGAAUCGGCUUUACUAACGCAAAUGCUGAAGCAUCAUUUUCUUCAGCCAGUUCCAAUUUAAACACAGGAUUCCAACCAAUUGUGGGGUUCAGCAAUAACUUAGCUCAACCUGAAACUGCUAAUUCCUAUAACAAUAACGGGUACUCAAGUGGCGUAGCAACAUCUGGAAGCAGUUCCAGCAGUUUCAAUAGUGGGACUGCACAAAGUAGCGCGGCCAACAGUGGUCAUUAUAACCACGGUUACAUUCAAAGUACUAGUUUCACACUGCCUGUCUCAUCUUCAGCCAGUAUUAACAUAGCACAGACUUCUACAGGAACAUCGAACAGUGGCUUAGUUCAAACGCAAACUGGAUCAGCUAGUAAUGUGAAUACUGGUUUUACGCAGAAAGGGCCAGUGAACGAAAUAGUAUAUAAACAUAUAUACGUCCACGGACCGCCGCCAGAGUUUGAGGAAAACCAACAACUGAAGUCAGCUUCCCCACCGAAAAAGAAUUAUAAAAUUAUUUUUAUCAAAGUACCAUCAUAUAAGCCUAGAGUGAAUUUGUCUCCUGCGGUUGAACAUAAGACUUUAAUUUAUGUUUUGGCAAAGAAUCCUGAGAGCUCAGAAACAAUUAUUCCAAAGAGGAUUCCGUCGCAGCAUGAGGUAUUCUUCGUUAAGUAUAAUGGUAACCCGUUGGAUAUUGCUGCAAGGGUCAACGAGGAAUUGGACAAUACGGGCUCAGUGCAAAGUAUUGUACCCCUGCAACCGGGACUAGUGAACGGAAACAAAUAUUAGAGUAUUAAAUAUAAGGUAUUGGGAACAACAAAGACAUUAUCAUAGACCUAACUGUCAUAAAUCAGGGUGUCUUCAAUUCUAGAUCAAAGCCACAUUGUGCCUCCAUAGUAAUGUUGUAUGUUCAAACUCAAUUAUAUUUAAUUGUCGACCAACAAUUUAUGAAAAAAUGUAUCAAAUGUUAUGUAUUUUAUUUUAUGUAAAUUAAUGAUGUCGCGAAACACCAAUUACAAUUGUCUAUUUUGCUCUUGUUAAACGAUUAAUGUUACGAGGUGUUGUGUAGCUGAAUUUACAAAAUGUCUUUUUGUUAAUCCUACGAAAUCAGAUUCAAGACAAAUCUGAUCUCGUAGUAAUUCUAUGAAAAAAUAAUUGUUUUACUUGUAACAUUUGCCAUUUUGCCUCUUAUGCGAAAUAUGUUUAUCCCGCCUACAUAUGCGAAUUCUUUAUCCUAUUGUAUUUCUUUCAGAAAUAACACAUAUUAUUUAUCUGAUACUGUUAGACAAUAAUAUCUAGUAGAACAAACCAAUAAGUUAUAAUAACUAUGUUGACCCCAAUAGCCAAAGUUUGUGUUAAGUUAAAUAAGUAAUUUAUUAGUUAUGUUCAUAAUUAUAAUGUAUCAAUAAACUUCUUUACCUUCAA